AUGGUCGGGGAGUUUACCGAUACUAUGGAGAUCCUCGCGCUUCCUCCGAUAUGCUUUCAGCUCGCUGCGACAUCUAAUCUUAGAUCUCGACUAAUUUCGACGUCGUUGCCUAAAGGUAGGGGCUCUAUCUUGGCGAUAUCUCAGCAGUAUAAAUAUCAUCCUAGCUGUAGAGCUUCACAAACCAGACAGUACAGCUCAAGUUUCUCGGCAAGACGGAAUACAUCUAUCAAGAUGGAGGAAGAGACGACUCCCCCUAAAACUUUAAAAUACGUUGAUAUUGGCAUCAACUUGGGUGACCCCGUUUUCAGGGGCAGUUAUCACGGAAAGCAAGCCCAUGAUGAUGAUCUUGCCGACAUCAUAGAGCGAGCUCGAGAUAUCGGCUGUACCAAAUUCAUGGUCACUGGCUCCGAUCUCAAGGAGUCUGAGCACGCAGUUCAAAUCUCCAAAGAUUAUCCCGGCUUCUGCUACGCCACCGUCGGCGUCCACCCCUGUCAAGCAAAACACUUUGACGAACACCCCGAGGGUCCCUCCAAACUCCUCCAAGACCUUCGCGACCUAGCCCUCAGCACCAAACAAUCGGGCCACACCGUCGCCUUUGGCGAGAUCGGUCUAGAUUACGACAGGCUAUUCCUGAGCCCCAAAGAAUCACAACUGAAAUGGUUUGAAGCCCAGCUUGAUCUCGCCGUUGAAAUUCAAUUACCCCUCUUUCUACACUCGAGGGCUGCAAGUGAAGAUUUUGAGCGUUUGCUCAAAUCUAAACUUGACCGGUUACCGAAAGGUGGACUCGUGCAUAGUUUUACAGGCACAAAAGAGGAGAUGCUACGCUUAGUAGAUCUGGGUCUCAAUAUUGGCGUAAAUGGGUGCAGUCUCAAGACCGAGGAGAAUUUAGAGGUUGUAAGGCACAUCCCCCUUGACAGAAUACAGAUUGAGACGGAUGGCCCUUGGUGCGAGAUUAGACCUUCACAUGCCUCAGCCAAGUAUCUGAAAGAUGCGCCGCCGUUACCAAAGGCUGUGAAGAAGGAGAAGUGGCAGAAGGGGCUUAUGGUGAAGGGGAGGAAUGAGCCGGUAGCUAUUGCGCAUGUGGCGCAUGUUAUUGCGAAGAUUAAGGGUAUUUCAGUGGAGGAGGUUUGUGAAGCUGCGUGGAACAAUUCAAUUAAGAUGUUUGGUUUGGGGGAGACGAGCAACUGA